AAGCAUAUUUCGCUAUCCAUUUUGUUUUUGUGCUGCUGAGCUACAACAAUGGCCGACAUUGUGUUUUUAUUGUUAUUAAUUUCGAUAUUUUCAUUACAAAACAAUAAUGCUGCUGCUGAAAUAAGUGGCCGUCUAUUGGAUGAAACACAAGAGAACUUGGAUCUUGAAAUGUCACACACUAACGAAAAAGAACAUUCACCUGUGCCACGGAAUUCCAUUCAAUCGCAUCCCAGGAGGCACACAAAAUCUAAGCGUCGCAUGAAAAGAAGAUACAAGUGCUAUGCAUGUGAGCCACCCUGCAAAAACGCUACUCAGCAUGCACAUAUGUGCCAAAAUGCUAUUCAGUGCUGGAAGUCGCGAACUCGCAGUGCAUUUGGUGAAGAAAAAGUAUCAAGAGGCUGUACAACUUCACCAGAUCAGCUGCCAUUAAUAUGCAACCAAAACACAUUAGGGCCGAGGAAGCGAGCCGUAAUGCAUGUGAACAUAGUAUGUUGUUCGAAGGACUACUGUAACGAUGGCGACUUUCCUGAAUUGCCUCCGAUUGUGAACGAUGAAGUUACAAGAUUAAAUGCGGAUUUAAGCAAUACAUUUAAAAUGACAUUAGCGAUAUUAGGACCUGUUUUCGUGGUUGGCCUGCUGGCAGCAUUGGUUUACUAUUUUAUGAUACGACAUCACCGCAAAAGUAAAAUGGCUUCGCGUAUUAAAAAUGAUCCAGAUGUAUAUUUAGUAAACGACGAACUACUACGGGCAACGAGUGCGGGUGACAGUACAUUAAGAGAAUAUCUCCAACAUCCCAUGACAUCAGGUUCCGGCAGUGGGUUACCAUUACUAAUUCAACGUACACUCGGGAAACAAGUGACAUUAUUGGAAUGCAUUGGUCGGGGAAAAUAUGGCGAAGUAUGGCGGGGGCAGUGGCAUGGUGAAAAUAUUGCCGUAAAAAUAUUCCUCACUCGAGAUGAGGAGUCGUGGAAACGAGAAACUGAAAUAUAUAGCACAAUAUUACUACGUCAUGAAAAUAUUUUAGGCUAUAUUGGCUCGGAUAUGAUAUCUCGAAAUUUUUGUACGCAAUUGUGGUUACUAACACAUUAUUACCCGAAUGGUUCUCUAUUCGAUCAUCUGAACCGAAAUGCUCUAAGCCACAAUGACAUGGUAUUAAUCUGUUUAUCUAUUGCUAAUGGUCUGGUACACUUACAUACGGAAAUUUUAGGCACCGAGGGUAAACCUGCAAUGGCGCAUCGUGAUUUAAAAUCGAAAAAUAUACUUGUGAAAUCAGACGGGACUUGUGUGAUAGCAGAUUUUGGUUUGGCUGUAACACACUCGCAUGUCACUGGAAAAUUGGAUUUCGGAAAUAACCCAAAAGUAGGCACUAAACGUUACAUGUCCCCCGAAGUCUUAGACGAAAGUAUUAAUAUGCAAUGUUUUGAGGCACUGCGUCGCACUGAUAUUUAUGCUCUUGGUCUGGUACUGUGGGAAGUUUGUCGACGUACAAUUUCGGGAGGCAUCGCCGAGGAGUACAAGGUGCCUUUUUAUGAUGUUGUACCAUCGGACCCAAGUUUUGAGGAUAUGCGAAAGGUUGUUUGUGUAGAUAAUUAUCGCCCCUCUUUUCCCAAUCGAUGGGCUUCUGAUCCGUUACUCGCUGGUAUGUCGAAGUUAAUGAAGGAAUGCUGGCAUCACAAUCCCAAUGUGCGAUUACCUGCCUUAAGAAUACGAAAAACUAUACAUAAACUAGCGUCCUCAGACGAAAAAAUUCGUCUUAACUAUGAUGAAGUUUGUGUUUAGUUUCUAUAUAUAUGUGUAUUGAACAUUACAUAAGUUGGAAAAUUCAUUUCGGAAUACCCAAAUAACCAUAUUUAAGACUAAAAUUGGUAGUUGGUAUUGAGGUACACAUCUUUGCUUCAUUUAGAAAUUUAGUAUUACAAGUAUAUUUAAGAAUAAUACAAACAUUUAAUAUUGUUUAUAUUGUUUGCUAUGAUGGAAUGAAUAUGCGUGUAAGAUAGUUAGAAGUAAAGUGAGUGUUGGUGCAUGUGAAUAUUGUAGACUACAUUAUACUUAGAAUUAAAUAUAGUAGUACGUAUUUAAGAUUAGAUACGAAACCAAAUUAUGUAAGGAUAAUAUAAUAAACAUACUUAGAUUAAUCGGAAGCGCAUGAACAUCCUUCAUAUAAUAAAUGACGUGUGCAAUUUAAUAAUUAUUUAUACAGUUUAACAAAUUAAGUGAAAGACACGCUUAAGGAAUAAUAUAUAGUUUUCAUUUUAAUCUGUAUGUGCCUUUAACCGUGUUGAUGAAGUUGCCUUAUUUGCAAAACCAAAACUAUUACGCCUUAAUCCUAAGCAGCUAUUUACUUAGAAUGUACUUUACCUUUUAAUGCUUAUUUACUCUCCUUCUGGUGCCAUCUUGUGUAUUAUUCGCAGAUUAAAAUAUCAAAAUUUUUGAAUAUAUAAAACCACACGUAAAAACAAAGGACGAUAUUUUAUAGAUUAUUAAAAGAUUUAAUUAUUAUAAGACUACAUCAUUUUAUGUUAAUAUUAUUUAUAAUUAAAUACGGCUAAGUUUCAUUUAAAUACGAUUUAACACAUUCAUAUGACGGUAAGCAUGUAAUGCAUAACUUCCACUAUACUAACCUUUUUAAGUUAUUGACCAGUUGAAAGUAUUUGCGUUCGACCAACCUCUGUAAUUCUAAGCAAAAUUUAUUGUACAAAAUAGUUCAUGAAUUACAAUUAAAUAAAAGUUCAGUAGUAAAAGAAAA